AUGAUAAAAUCAUGUUUAUAAGGAUACAAUAUAUGUAUAUUUGCUUAUGGUUAAACAGGAGCAGGAAAAACAUAUACAAUGAUAGGAAAAAGCGAGGAAAAGGAUUAAGGAUUAAUACAAAGAAUGAUGAAGUACUUAUUUGAAUGUUUAAAUAAUUAAAAAUGUAAAGAAUAUCACAUAGAAAGUUAAUAUUUGGAGAUUUAUAUGGAUGAAAUAAUAGAUUUAUAUCAACCUAUACCUCCUAAAGGAAAAAAUAUACGAGUUAUAGAAGAUUAGAAUGGUGUUAGGGUAGAAAAUCUGACAUAAGUAGAAAUUUUUUCUUGUGGAUAAGCUAUAGAGCUGAUAACUAAAGGAUAAAAGAAUAGACAUGUAGAAAAUAACAGAAUUAAUAAAGAAAGUUCAAGAUCUCAUUCUAUAUUUACAAUUUAAGUACGGACAAUUUAAGUUCAAGACUCUGAAAAUAGUCACGAUAUUACAAAAGAGAAAAAAUCAAAGAUUCAUUUUGUUGAUCUAGCAGGAUCAGAAAGAUUAAAAUAGACGCUUUGUGAAGGAUAAAGAUUAAAAGAAGCAAAUAAAAUAAAUAUAAGUUUAACAUAAUUAGGUAUUGUAAUGAGAGGAUUAUCCGAAAAUCAAUAGAAUAUUUGUUAUAGAAACUCUAAAUUAACUCAUAUUCUUAAAGAUUCACUUUCAGGAAAUUCUAAACUAGUUAUGUUUGCAGCUGUUAGUCCUGCUUUGGAAUGUUAUUUAGAAACUUUAAGUACUAUUAAGUUUGCUGAAAGAGUUGGGAAAAUUCAUUUUAUAGUACAGGCUAAUGAAUUCAACUCUACUUUAAGUUUAGAAGGAUUGUAAAAUGAAAUUAGAAGAUUGAAAAAAUAAUUAUUAGAAAGCAAUAAUAUCAAUAAAAAAGAUUUAAAACUCGUUUAUAAUUUUUUUGGAAUCGAUGAUGAAAAAAAUGAAGAAGAAAGUGCUAAUAAAUUUGACUAAUAAUUGUUAUAAAAUCAAAAAAUAUUAAAAUGGUAAUUAUUAUCUAACUUAUAUGAAAAUAUCAGAAUUUAUAAUAAAUGA